AUGUCCCUCCUGCGGCUCGCCUUCAUACGGCAGCCCCCGCAAACGAUACGAAUCCUCCCCACGCUCCGCCAAUGCGCUCUCCGCCCAACCCUCCGGAAAUCUCUUCAGAACCAGCAAUGUAGCCUGAGACGGCCCUUUGCCUCCGUACCACCACCACCGCCGCCGCCGACCACCGGUCCCCGGGCCACCGUCAACACACCACCGAACCCGACCUCGGCCGGCGCCGGAGGCUCUGCCGGUCAGGCCGGAAACCCGCAACUGCCUGAGCGACUUCUCAUCUACCACGCCGGCACCGGCCGGACGGCCUUCCUGGCCUUUUGGAAGAUCACCACCGUCUUCUCAUGCGUCUUCUUCUGCUUCGUAGCUGCCCCUAGCUACGUCCGCGCAGAAGACAAGACGCUCACCGAGGCAGCGGGAUUGGCCGCCUGCGGCAUAAUCCCCUUCCUCUUCAUAUCCUACACCUCAGCCCCCUUCGUAACCUUCAUCUACCUCCGCCUCCCCCCUUACGCGCGCCAAUCCCGCGCCCUCCUAGAACGCUACGUCCGGACCCUCCCGCCCACGGCCCAGCUCGAGAUCGGUACAAUGGGCCUCGUCACCCGUCCCCGGCUCACGGCCGUCACGGCCGCCGAGCUCCGCCCCGUGGCCGCGGACAGCGGCCCCUUGGCUACGCGCCUCGGCAUCGUCACGCAUACCAAGGACGUCUCGGCGCUGAUGGCGAAGCGGAGGUGGUAUCACUAUCGCCCUGUUGGCCAGUUUGGUAUCAAUACGGGCGUUGAGGCCAGCGGAAAGAAGAGCGGCGGUAGCAGUGGUCGCGGCGGCAAGGGUGCUAGUCACGGCGUCAAGGAUGGAUGGGUGUGGAAUAUUGUGCGCGAGUCGCUGGGUAAGCGCAAGUGA